AUGCCGCUUCAUUUCACUGCUGCCCAGUCUUCGCGCAUCAGGAAACCAUCGAGCACUCCAUCAUCCAGACGACAAUCGCCAUUCGCCCGUCACACUCGAGCGAAACCUUUCCACAGUCCCAACGCCGCACGUUCUCAGGACUGGGGCAAAACGGCCUUGGACCGCGAGAAUGACAUUCACUAUGGAUAUUACCAGGAUAGCCACUUGCCCGAUAUUGGCCCAUCCAAGUAUAUUUCCGAAACAACAGUAGUAAAUAAUGUAAUCCAAACGAUACAGCAUAUUCGCAACACCAUGUUCAGUGACUUGCCGGACAGGGCGGGGAUGAACAGCACCCGGAGAGCGGAAGUCUUGAAUUUCCGCCGCGCACUGCCACCGAUUGUUUCCGUUGCGCAUGUCCAAAUGCUACUGAAUGCGCCAACCAAGGUUGAGAGAGAGAUUGUUGAACUCGUCAACGCCGGUCAAGUUCGAAGGCUGUUCAUCCCCGGACGGGGACUGGAUUCCGAUGGUCUGGGAGACUGCUUAGUCUUGAUUGAUGACUGGGAGGAGAUUGUUCGAGUCAGCUCAUACAUAAGUGAUGGUUUAAAGGAGAAAUUUCUAAAGACUUUACGCAGAAAUACCAAGUCAUCUGCUAUUGCAGCGGACCUCUUCUCUCUGGAGGAGACAUCAUCUUUAGUUCGAGCUGGUUUCCUUGUGUCUCCCUCCUCUUUAGCUAAACACCCAUCCUUUGAUACUUCUCUCGCUUCCCUCCCAUCGGUAGCAAGAAGCCCGUGUUCGAACACAUGCCAAUCACAGCAAGAGACAGUAGAAUCUGCACAAAGAAGAUUUUUAGACACCACCAUGUUUCUUUCUAUCCCGAACCUAGGUCCCUAUCUCCGCCUGCUGGGAGCGGGCCGGGCACAGAUAAUGGUACUUCUUAAUAAGUCCAGGUCCGGAGAAGUUCCCUUAACCCUCCUCAGGGACCGUUGGGAUGGGGCCGUUGAGUCCGACGCACAUCACAGCGUCGCCAAGCGAGCGCGGGGUGAAUUCUCUGGCGUCCUGCCUGGAAAAACAAAGAAAUGGAAAGAGCUUUAUGGGAUGAACUUCCGGUGGGCUCUAGAGGAAGCUCUGGGUGCGGGCCUUAUCGAGCUUUUUGACACCGGUAGUGUAGGCCCCGGCGUUCGGCGUGUUUGA